CGCUUUUUAGUCCAAGGGGACGUCUAAAUAUAUCGACUGCGGUCCUAAUAUCGGCCUGUAAGGAUGUCUCAAUACUGUUCGGCCCGCUCUUUCUAUGUUCUGUGUUCGAUUGCAUGCCAAUGCUCAAUAUGUUACUUGCAGCUAUCUGCAUGACCUGCAGCGGGCUCAGCACACUUUUUAGCUAUCUUAUACUUGAUGAGCCUGAGUACUCUCAGAUGAUAUGGUACCUGAGCCUAGCACACCUCACCGUCAGUACCUUGAGACAGUCUCUUACCACCAACGGCAACAAAGGACAGCUAUCCAUUCCUCGUAUCCUACCAUAUGCUGUCGCAAGCAGCCGGCUUUUAGUCCUUAUCACGCUAUGUGCCUAGUUAGUACGUCUGUGGACCAUAUAAAACUCUGCUUAUGGUUCUUAGCAAGGUAGAAAUGCCUUCGGAGGGUGCAUUUUCCUUCAUCUGCACUGUGACAGCAGAGAUGGGUAUGAUGUGUAUCAUUUCUGGCACACUGCUGGAACUUGUCUAUGCAAACGUCAUUGUUGUCCUCGCAUCCCUACUGAUGCUCAGUCAGCACCGGAGAGACUCGCUCUUGAUCCUUAUUUGGUUCUCAAGUAAUGCGAGCUCCAUUCGUACGGUUCUUCGAGCACUAUCUAUACUGCCAGCAACACUAGUCUUCCCAAUUCUUCAAUGGAGGACAAGUUCAAGUGCGGGGUCAAAACACAUAUCUAGAAGGCAGGAUGAAGUUUAAC